UUCCUUCCCUACCCUCCGUCCCCUUUAUCUCGAACACUGCAGACGACCGCCAUGGUUGGCAAAAUUUCCGUUCUUUUGUUUGCGAGCGCCAUCGCCCUUAGCUCAUUGCCUGCUCAUGCACAGACGUCCCUUUAUCUUCCGGGGUUUGACGAUCAGCCCCUCAGCGCCAGUGUACUAGGUACCGAUAGCAAUGGACGGACAACCUGGGAGAUCGUUCAAGGCACGCCGACAGCCUCGGGUCAAGAAGAAUCAUUCCCCGCCACAGCAACUCUUAUCGAAGGCCCCAACGACGCUGUAAUAUCCUACUCUGCAGGAGAUGUGCAGGCCUUGGAAUCCUGCGCAUUGUCCAACGGCGUAGCCAAUUGCAACAUAGUCGCGAAUCAAGACGGCGAACCGUUUACCGCUGAAGGGACGGAGACUGUUUCUUACAUGGUGGUUGGCUUUGCUGCCCCCACUGGGAGCCCCAGUACUACUGAGGCUAGUAUGACUCCGAAAGUCUCGACUUCCGGUGGGUCAGGGACUGGUUCAGGUACUGCUGCGUCUCCGUCCAAAACUAGCGGCGCGCUGGGCCUCAAACAGUUUGCAUCAGGCUUCGCUGGUAUUUUGGCAGCAGGCGCUAUCCUGUGUUUGCUUUGAUUUCACGCUGAGCUUGGAAUGGGCCAGAGCGGGAUUAUGUCUUCGUCUUAUGGGUUUACUGGGCAGCUCGGGCACUCCUUUAUGAUCUGUCGCUACGGUGUACGCAUUAUACGGUAUCUGAAACGACUGUAUAAUAUACUGCAUGUCUCGAGAUGAGAGAAAGUGGGCUUCAGAAUAUAUUAUGGUCAGGAAAUC